AUGGCCAUGAAGUUCAUGGAGUAUAGGAACAACAAUAGUAGCAACAACGAUUUCAGGACGAAAAUGGAAGAGAACGCUAUGCAGGAAGCGGCGUCUGGGCUUGAGAGCGUCGAAAAGCUAAUCAGAUUGCUUUCCCAGCAGAGUCAGCAGCAACAUCAAUACCAAUCAUUGUCUUCCUCUAGUUUGAAACCUUCGUUGGAAAUGGAGAUGGACUGCAAGGAUGUGGCAGACGUCGUUGUUUCGAAGUUCAAGAAGGUUAUUACUCUUCUGGAUCAGGCCAGGACCGGCCACGCUCGCUUUAGAAGAGCCCCUUUGGCUAAUUCCCAAAGCCAAGAGAAAGAGAAGCCUUCGGCUUCUGCACCCAACAAAGUUUACUAUGCCACCUCGAUCCAGCAGAUCCCACCUCUUCCUCACCACAACCUCAAUAAUCAAUACCAGUACAACGACUCUUUGAUGCCUAAAAAGAUCAGUGCGAUAAAAAAGGGCCAAACUCAAACUCUACAAAACGAUGGUGCGAACGCACAGUUUCACUAA